AUGGCUCGGAGUGAAUCCCCUGUCAUUGUCCCCCAGCAGACAAAGCUUCCCUUGAUCAAGGUGGAAAUUGCGGUCCUCAAGACCCACCUCGAGGACUGGAGGACUGUGAAAGGUAAACAGAGACAGAAUGUAUUGAAUGCCAUCCACAGGGAAGCUUGCCUCCAAGCUCCCACUCAUGACAAAGCCAUGCUCAAAAGCCGGAAAAAGACCUACAAGGAAUGGCUCUACAACCAGUGUCGCCGGAAGGCUCCAAAGCCUCUCAUCAAGUAUGGCAAGAAAUGGACAGCUCACCAGGUGUUGAUUGAGCAGAACAAAGCCCAGAUACAAGAGGAGACUGGAGAAACUCCUGGGAGUGAGGGGAUGAUCACCAAGUGGCCGGAGGCCACAAAGACUGUGCUCGCCGGUCUGUCAGCAGAGGAGAAGGAAGAGGCGAGAAUGAUGGCAGAGAAGUGGAACAAUGAAGCUGCACCGCCCGACAUCCAAGCCAAUGUCGCCGAAACCAAAGGCGCCGACAUGAUCAAGCAUUUUGCGAUGGAAAUGUUCAAGCAGGCUGGAAUAAGGAUCUUCGUGAUGUCGGCAUGGCAGAACCGGGAAGGCAAACUAAUGUUAGGAGUACAUGACUUCAAUGAGCAGUUUGGCGGCGGCGAAAGCUUUUUGAAGACAAGGGACUGGGAAGGGAACUUCAUGUCGGACUGGUGGCAAUAUGCCGGCAAGCAAUUCGACGUCCAGGAUGAAGAUGUCCCCCAGGUGGUGACAACCAAGAAACGUGUGCUGCGAAAACUCCUCGAACUGGAGGAGGACGAUGAUGGGUGGCCAAUGCUCCCCGACACCACAGGCUGGAAAUGCGGCGAUCAACAGCAUAUCAUUCGGUCGUUCCUCACUAGGCACUACAGGAUGUGCAUGGGAAAAGACAAAGCAGCGGCGGCGGUGCCAUGGGGUGACUUUGUGAAGAGCCAAUCAGAUUUCUUUGAUGACACCUACUGGCCCGCCGACGUGCAGUUGGUGGAACCUUCAAAGAUCGACAAAGCAGACGCCACCGCUCUGUUGUAUUUCUGGCAUCACCAACAGGAAAAGAAGCUUUGCCCAACCUUCUGUUUCAAAGCUUGGAAAGACACUGACGGCGAGAUGGAGACGCAUGCAAAAUCUUUCCACAAGGCAAUGCGGCGAGCUACUCAGCAUGGCCAGAGCACCAGUAAGCGCAAACGUGCCUCAACACACCAUGAGCAAAGCGGUGAUGAGGAGCAUCAGUCAUCUGCCGAUGAAGAUCAGGAGGCUUCAAUGUCUGCCAAUGACAGGGAUGAAUCAUUCCUUCCAAAGGUAACUCAGAGAGGCCUGCCGCCGGUAUCCAGUGACGGCCCUGGCGAUGACUUGGCAUCUGAUAACCUUGCGCCUCAAAUCAAUGAUUCCACCAGCGGAUAUGCCAAGGCAACACCUCCAGUCAGGUCAAAGGUGACCAGCAAUAUCGAAGUUGCACUCAACACAGCGCAUGAACCAGCAAAAUCAGGUCCACACACCACAAGGCAAGGUCUUCAUUCCAAUGUGGAGAAUGAGCAGCCGGCCAAGGCAUCAAAACGCCGUGCCGCCGCUGAGAAUGAGCCACCAACCAAGGCAUCAAAACGCCGUACCACCACUCCUAUCAGUGACACGCCGGCUAGGAGAACCAGGAGCAAGGCAGUGGUUGCUGAAGCUCCAAAGGCCAAACGGAGUAGGAAGUGA